UCCCCCGUCCCCCUCCCCGCGCGCUCCCCUCGCACGCCGGGGUUCUCCGCCAUAGCACCGCACCGUCCACCACCGCAGAAAUAAACCAAAACAAAGACACACGCACGCAAACCCGCCGAAAUCCGAGCCUCCGAAACCGAAAGCAUAAAUACCCCCCCCCCCCACACACACACGAAGGAAUUGUCGCUGCUUGCUCAUCGACAAAUUUCCUCGUCUCAACCGAUACUCACCAUAGCUUCUCUACUCCGCCGCUUCUUCGGAACUUCAACCAUGGUCUCUGCCGCUGCGAAAACGAAGGUUCAGAAGAUUAUCGACGAGAACCCGGUUGCCGUCUUCUCCAAAUCCCACUGCCCCUACUGCCGCGCCUCAAAGACUACGCUCUCGGAGCUGGGCGCAAAGUUUUACGUCCUUGAGCUCGACCAGAUCGAUGAUGGUGCCGAGCUCCAGGAGGCUCUUGCCGAGUUGACGGGACAACGCACCGUGCCAAACAUCUUCAUCGACAAGCAGCACAUCGGCGGAAACUCGGAUCUGCAGGCUAAGAAGAGCCAGCUGCCCCAGUUGCUCAAGGCUGCUGGAGCUGCUUAGACGAAGAGGCUGAGGAGGAGGAGGAAUGGGGGGUUUUCACGCUGUUUUCUUAGAGUAAACUUGCGUGUGCUCAAUGAAUAAAGAUGGUUCUUUGAUGUAAUGCGAUU